AUUCCUAGUAAGCGCGAGUCAUCAGCUCGCGUUGAUUACGUCCCUGCCCUUUGUACACACCGCCCGUCGCUCCUACCGAUUGAAUGGUCCGGUGAAAUCUUCGGAUUGCUGGCCAUUUGCCGCAAGGUGAGUGGUUGCGAGAAGUUGAUUGAACCUUAUCAUUUAGAGGAAGGAGAAGUCGUAACAAGGUUUCCGUAG